AUGGCCAACUUCCGAGUCCUAGACUUUCGGCAUCGUCAGCUGAAGCUUGAUACAGCACAGGAAGUUCGAGAUCUCUUCCAAGAUGUUGCUCUGGAUCAAGUAGAGGUGCUACGCAUGUCGGGCAACACGAUCAGUGCAGCCGCAGGCCAGGAAUUGGGCGAACUAAUCAGGAAGAUGCCUUCACUUCAAGUAGCGCACCUCUCGGACAUCAUCACUUCUCGCACUAUCGAUGAAGUCCCACCCGCCAUCUCCGCCAUCUGCGACGCCCUCCUCACAUGCUCUCGGCUGGUGGAGCUAGACCUCAGCGACAAUGCCUUCGGGAGUCGCGUUGCACCUACUCUCGUGCCAUUACUCUCAGGGCAUACGGGUAUCCAAGUCCUGAAACUGAAUAACAACGGUCUCGGUCCAGAAGGAGGGCGGAUCGUAGCUAGUGCGCUUUUGAAUAAUGCCCGGAAAGCGGCCAAUGAGUUCGACUCGGAAGGAAGCAAGCUACGUGUCGUAGUGUGUGGACGAAACAGAUUGGAGGAUGGUAGCGCGCCACUGUGGGGCGAGGUAUUGGCGGCGCAUAAAAAUGUGCAGAAGGUCAAGAUGGUCAACAAUGGGUUCCGUGAGGAUGGCGUCCUUGCAAUCGCACAGGGUCUCUUAAGCUGCCACGAUCUUCGACAUCUCAGUCUCCGCGAUAGCACAGCACAUAAUUUCGACGGAACGAACUCGGCUAGGGGCUGGCAUGUCCUCGCGGACGUCAUCCAACGGUCUACCUCCCUUGAGUACCUUGACCUAUCAGACGCCAACCUCACAGCGGAAGGCGGCUCUGAGAUAAUCGAAUCUCUGUCCUCGACACCUCACCCGGAUCUUGAAACAGUCUUACUGGAAAAUAAUGACCUUAACAACUCGCACUUCGCACGUUUGAGGUCCAUCUUGAACACCCAUCUUCCAGCCCUGGCGCUCCUGGACCGGACCUCGCACUGA